CUCUGCCAGACACUCCGCACUCAGUGGAGAGUCUGGCAUCCGUGAGGUAAAGACGCGACUUCAUAUUCAUAUCCUUCACAGGAUUCCUGAUAUUACACAGCACCAGACAAUUUCACAACAAUCAAACUCCAACUUCCUGCAGUGACACCAUGACAAGCAACUGCUCAUUUAAAGAUGUGGAAGAAGUGAUGAAAUAUGUUGAGAUGGCCAUCUACAUUCCCAUAUUCAUCUUUGGUCUAAUCCUAAAUGUCGCCGCACUGUUGGUGUUCUGCUUCUUUCUGCGAAAAUGGACCGAGCCUGUGAUCUACAUGACCAGCUUGGCUCUCAUGGACCUGCUGCUCCUCUUCCCUCUUCCCUUCAAAAUGCAUGCGACCCACCACAUGUGGCUGGCCUCCUUCCAGCCUCUCUGCUCAGUCUUGGAGAGCCUGUACUUUGUCGGGAUAUAUGGCAGCAUCUACACCAUCAUGUGUAUAGCCGUGGACCGGUGGGUGGCUAUCUGUUACCCAUUGAAAGCCAAGUGGCUGCGCUCGCCCAAAGCAGCUCUAGGGACCUGCGUGGGGGUUUGGGUGCUGGUGCUGGCAGUGCUCUCUCCAACCGUCCAUGGCUUCAGGGAGGGCGAGCAGGCGGACUUCCACUGCUUCCACAGUUUUUCAAACAAAGGUUGGAGCCCCCCUGUGAUCAUCUGCCUGCAGGUGUUUGGGUUCCUGAUGCCUGCCCUGGUGGUGGUCUUCUGUUCAGUGCAGACCAUCUGGGGUCUUCAGCGAUCUCGUCAGCCCCACCCUAAGAGCUGUGUAAAGGUCAUCUACAGCAGCCUCAGCGCCUUCCUGUUGCCCUUCACCCCGAGCCACCUUGGCAUCCUCCUGCAGUUCCUGGUGCACCAAGGAGUCAUUCAGGACUGCAGCAACCGGAUCAGGAUCAGCUUGUUCAUACAGGUAGCCAUGUGUCUGUCCAACAUCACCUGCUGCCUGGACGCUCUCUGCUACUACUUCAUCGCCCACGAGGUGAGGAGCACCACAAACCCCUUCAGGAGGUCGAUGACCAGCCAGAGAACACCCACGUUCAGCACGUCAGAGGUCUGAAGAAGGACAGUUUGAGUUAGAACAUGAUGGGGUCCUCAGGAGGACCAGUUAACACAAGAUCUGGCAUCUUGAGAUUUAGCAGGUUAAUGAAAUGAAAGAAGAGCCUGUGUUUCAAGGGGCUGGAGAAAUGGCUGCCGGUGAGUUCAACCUCAAUUGAAAACAGAGCAGAGAAUAACUUUGAGGCUGUCGUGUUAAGGAAAGAUCAGUUUUGUGAUUUGGUCCAAUGACAGGAAGAAGGCUGGCACCUCUUUAACUUCAAAGAGCUCUGAAACCUGAAGGAGAAAUACCACAACAUGAGAAAUGUCUCAAAAAACCAUCAGGUCGUACACACUGACGUGGGAUAUGAUUCACUUGAAAGCAGCAGGAUAUUAAAGAGCACUGUCAUUUUAUUUUCUCAAGAAGUGAAGUCAAACAUAUAGGAUUUAAGAUCAGGGACGAUCAAAUCUGGAUUAAUCUGGUUCAAAAGAUACCCAAACUUUUUAUGAGAGACGGGUUCAAAUAUUAAUUUAUUUGUGAUUUAUUUAUAGAUUUAUCGCUCAUCUCUAUAAAAUGCAGAUAUACAUAAAAAUCAACUUCAAACCGGUAAAUAAAUUAGGCCGAAGCAAUUCAAUAAUUUUUUAUUAAUUUCUAUAUUCAUGCAAAUAUUAAUUUCCAUAUUCAUUUAUCUAGUAUAUGAAUAACACCAUUUUAGUUGUGAUGUGAAUUUAAUGAAAAUGAAAAUAACAAAUGAUUUUUAUCAAACUUAAAUAAUAAUUUCUUGACUUCUUCUUCAGCACAUUUUUUGUUGUAAUGCAAAUAACAAUAUCUAUCACCGAUUUAACAGGUUAAUGAAAUAACGAAGUAACUGUAAAUAUAGCAUCAGAAUAGUAUUUACAUUAAAGUACCCACAAUGUACAUCAUUAUCUAUGAAUAAAUCUGGUGGCUUAAUGACAAAUAAUUUUGCCCUGUAUCAAUUAUUCAAUUAAAAAUUAUAUUUUGGAUGAUUAUACUUUAUCAAUAAUCCCAAUCUGAAUGAUGAGGCAAAUAAUUGAACAUAAAGUAAUCUGAAGUUUUAUGAGUAGAAACUGACUGGUUGGUGUGUUUUUUACAUUUCAACUUACAAAAGAUGUAAUAUGUAAAUAUCAUUUCACUUUGUACUUUUUAUUAGGAUUUUUAUUUUAAACAUGCAGCUUCACGAAUAUACGUGUGUAAUAGUCAUAUUUUCUUAAUGUUGAAAGGUUAUGUUGUUGUGGUGGUUAUCAGGGUGUUUACUGUACAUGAAUGCUUUUUUACGAUGGAGUAUAAUCUGUAAAAUAUUCUCUCAAACAUGAAAACCGUCAGGUUUUAGUUAACUUACAUUGUUUAUGUCUUGAUAGUUUUAGUUUUACACCUUCCUCCUCUCUGCUCCAGUUUUCUUUCAUUUCUUUGAUUUUAAGACUGAAGUGAUCCAGCUUGAGCUGCAGUUUUAUCUCUGGGCUCUGUCAAAUUAAACAUGUGAACAUAAAUAUGUAUUCAUCAGAGCUUGA